UAAUUGAGAUAAGAUGAUGCAGUUUGAUAUUAUUAGGUGCGUCUAUCGUAGAUACGCAAAUUGACACCAUCCAGAAAUUUUCGACAAGCGAUCUUAUCAUUAUUCAAUCAAGAUUUUCAUUUCUAAAGUACGUUUUGUUGCAGUUAGGAUAAUAUUGAAAAUUAUUACCUAAAAAUGUUGUCCUUUGUAUUCAGUUUCUGCUACUACGCGAUAUUUGUUAUUGUGCCUAUUGUUGUUUUUGUGCUAGUUAAUAACGACGAUAAUUUUCGUUCCAAAGGAGGUUUCUUUUAUUUGAUCAAAUUCAUAUUUGGUAGACGAGCAAUCCAGAAGGCGCGAGAAAAAGUUAAAAUUCCAAAAAGUCGCGAAGAAUUGGAGCGCUAUGAAAAUCCUUCAUGCAUAACCAGGGAAAAUAUCUCGGAAGCGAUUUCUUUCAGCGCCGUUGACCAACACGGAAAUCAACUCAGUGUGAAGAUAAUUCUGAGAGUUGAUCAUAUUUCUGAAGCCACAUUAUGUUUGAGACUCGGUGAAAAUAUUUAUGUUCUACCUGAUAAAGGUGGAGUGGCCAGAACACAUAUUCCAAACUAUCAGUGGAAGUGCCAAGGUUUGAGUGUGGAAAUCUUAGAGCCUUUUAAGAGGUGCAGGCUGAAUUUCAAUGGUUUUCUGAAAAAUAUAUCUCCCAAGGGCCAUGACAAAAUAGAACAUGUCAACAUACGUUUAAUAUGGAAUUGCUGUUCCAAACCAAAUAUAUCUCUUUUAGACGACGAUCUGAAUCUUCUUGCAAGAUGUUUGGCAAAAAACACGUGGAGAGACGGAAACUGGUUGAAGCUGUUAGGCGACCAGAAGAGUAUUGUGCAAUUUGGCGCUCUCAAAGGUACAAUAUUCGUAGAGAAUUCAGCGGAAACAAAGUUGAAUAUGACUUGCGUUAAAAGGAAAGAAAAAGGCACCGCAGACACAGAAGCUUUGAAAGAAUGUUUGACAGUGUUUGCUGCUACUGAAAACGGCCACUUGCUCCACUUAGGUGUAAAAUCUCUUAGGAACGGAUGUCAUGAACUGAAAUUUGGGCAUGUUUUAACACAUACCGGCUCUGUACACCCUGUAAAAAACUGUGAUUUGGAUUUGAGUAAAGCGAAACAGAGCAUUUCAGAUAAUCUCACCAUUCAUGUCAAAGUACCUAAGAAAAAGUUGAAAGUAGUUCUCUCGAUGAAUAACAAUAGUAUUGUGGAAAAUAAAUAUGAUAAUUUCCAAGGCUAUAAAAACAAAAAUAUUCCAUCUGAAUGUACAAUAAAUAACCAAAGAGGAUUUGCCAUGUUGGACAAUUGGACAUAUCAUCAAGGAAAUGGCUUGAAACGACCCAAACCCAUUCUGAAGGCAAUUAAAGUUGAAAAUGUGCCAGAUAUCAUUGUAACCCCUAUUGGAUCUGAAGAAUCAAAAAUGAUAGAACUCACUGGUGGUAAAGGGUUAUCGCUUUCACUCAUGAAGAGUUCAGAAAAUGAUGAAAUGUCAAUACCAGAUGGCUUUAUUGUGACAACUCAAGCUUUCAAGAAACAGAUAGAAAACAGUUUUCAUCUUCGUAAGUCUGUGGCUUUACUUGAAGAUAUAGCUUUUGGGAGGGAAAUAGGAGACUUGAAAAAUGCCUGUAAAGUUACCGAGGAACUCUUUCAAGAUCAUUGUAUAACCCCUUACGUUAGACAAAGUAUCAUUGAUGAACUGAUGAAGUUCCGUAGGAAACAUGACAAUGAGAAAAUUCCGUACCUGAGAUGGGCUGUAAGAUCAUCUGCUUUAACGGAAGAUUCAGAGGAUUGUUCGUCUGCAGGACAAAACAGCACAUUUUUGGGGUCUCAAACAGACAAGGAUGUCCUACUAAAGAUAUGUAGAUGCUGGGCUUCACUCUUUACCUAUCAGAGCGUGAUGUAUAGAAAGCAACAUGGAUUACCAGUACAUACUGCCAUGGCUGUUGUUGUUCAAAAGAUGAUACCCGCUGAGUCAGCUGGGGUUCUGUUCACCUGUCAUCCUUCAACUUCUGAACCAUCCAAGAUGGUCAUCACAUCGAAUUUCGGAUUGGGAGAGACUGUGGUUUCUGGAGAAUCGGAACCUGAUACAAUAACCCUCUCUAGGACUUUUGACGGCUACCUAUCUCUUGAUUCUAUAGUUUUGGGCUCCAAAAUCAACUCUUUAGUAAUGAGCAGAUACAGACUCCAUAAACAGACUAGCGAUGACAAAUCUGGCCAACAGACUUUAUCUAAAGUUCAAGCCCUCAAACUGGGACAAGUUGGAUUGGCCUUGGAAGAAGCCUUCGGUAGCCCUAGAGACAUCGAAUGGGCCUUUUUCAAGGAUCAACUAUACAUCCUCCAAUCUCGACCUGUUACUAAUCUAAACCAGUGGACUGACGACGAACUAACCCAUGAACUUGACAGCGCCCACAUUUCCAAUGAUAUAUUUUAUACAAGGGCUAAUAUAGGAGAAGUAUCACCAUUUGCACUCACAGCAUUGACUUACAGUUCCCUGAUGAACAGUAUCGAGAAAGCAUGCCAGAUCACAAUGUUUGGAAAAUACGAUCCCUAUGUUUCCAUAACUUUUAUGUAUAAUCAUCACUUUUGCAUGAUUGAGCUCUUGGCUGGUUUUUACGGAAGACCCCUGAAAGAUAUAGAAACCUUCAACCAGAUGGUGGACCUGGCUAUUUUCGGUCGUCCUGUCCUAACCGAAGAGAUAAACCAGAAAGCGAUAGCCAGAUAUGGAGUUAAACCCAGUUAUAUGAAGAUCGUAGAAGUUCUAUACAUGUUGAAGAAUGGAUAUUUUGGCGCUUCAAUGGUGAAAGGCCUUCUUGAGGACGAAAAACGUCUGGAUAUUGGACUCACUGAAAAAGAUACAACCUUUGAGAUAUAUGAAAAGAUCGAUAAGGCCUUGGAGCAAUAUAUAGGAAUCAGUUUCAAACAUUGCGUGAUAUCAAGCUUAUCGGUUUGCUACCAAUUUAUUGUAAUGAAAAAGCUGAUCAAUGGACAGAAAGAAAUCAAGAAAGAGCAUUACAGCGAUCUUGCCUUGAUAUUAUCCAGUUGCGUGGACGUUAUUUCGGCAGAUGUUCCAGCGAAACUAGAGAAGAUGACUGAAAUAAUCAGAAGAUCCAAUUUAACCAGUCAAUUUCAAAAGGUGGACCCUGAAGAAGGUGUGACAUGGCUGAAAAAUAACUGUACAGAGGCUUAUUAUGAACUUAACGAAUUUUUAAACAACCACGGUCAUAGACUUCUAGGGGAAAUGGAAUUGAGUUUAGCGACUUGGGGUAUGGAUCCAUCGAUAGUUAUAAGAAUGCUACAGACGAACUGUAAAUUUCCAAUAACUGACAAGAAGGAAAAUAUUGUCCCCAAAGACAUAGUGAAUUCACUACAGUCUCCUAUGAGCCGACCCACUAAGGUUUUCAUUCGGUUCAUGGUUGACAAGUACAGAAAAGCUGUUGGUUACAGAGAGAUAUCGAAGUCUACUUUAGUAAGAGCUGCUAACAAAUUCAGGAUAGCUUACAGAACUCUGGCAAAGAGGAUGACCAAGGAAGGUAUCAUUCCAGCAGAAGACCUGAUGUUCCACAUGACGCAGUACGAAAUAUGGCAGGUAUUGCAUAGGAAGAAUCCUGCCUUGAUAUCAAAAGCAGCCAGAAGACAAAGACUUUAUCCCACUUGGAAUAAGCUCAGGUUUCCAGAGGUGAUGUUAGAGAUGCCUGUUCCUGAACUGGAAGAUGAUGAUACUUUCGAAAUUUCCAACUCGGAUAUCUUUUGCUCUGGUACACCAGUGUGCGUCGGAGAUGUGCAAGGCAGAGCGGUAGUUAUCACUUCUCUGGAUGAUGUGCAUUUAUUAAAGCAAGGAGACAUUUUGGUCACCAGAAGCACGGACAUUGGGUGGUCCCCUUAUUUUCCAAUACUUUCAGGUAUAGUGACAGAACUUGGGGGACUCAUGUCUCACGGUGCUGUUGUAGCUAGAGAAUAUGGACUACCGUGUGUAGUAGGAGCACAUAACGCUACCCGAUUGUUUAAGACUGAAGAUAAGGUACACCUCUCUGGAAAGAAUGGAUUGAUCAAACUGAUCUCUAGAUGAAUUUAUACCAAUUUUUAUAUGUGUUUCAAUUAAUUCGAUUACAAAUGUAAAUAAAAUUUUGUUUAAGUGUUGAAAA